GUUCGCAUCACCAUGGCGCAAGGUCCAACGCUUACUUGGAUGGUGCUUUCGUUGAUGUUGGGAGUGAUAACGGAGCAAGGAUAUGGUUGGAAUCUUCAACCAAACACGUACUACCAAGGAGCGGGUUCCGGUGGUUACUUUGGUGGACGUGGCCCAGGCUCUCUAAGUAAUCAAGCCGGAGCAGGAGCUAGUGGUGGAUCGUGGAGUGCGGGAGGUGGUGGUUUCCAAGGUCAAACAGGUGGAGGGGCUUCCGGUGGAGUAGAUCGAGCUGUGGGCAAUGGAGCCAACCAGUGGACGGGUGGUGAUAGUAGUAGAGCUCUGGGAGGAGUGGCAGGAGGAGUGUCCACAGCCAGUGAUAGCUUUGGAGCAGAUGGAACAGGUUUUCAGCAGUCAGGUGGAGCUCCCUUAGCGACAGGUUCCGAAGGUGGUGCUAGUUACAACAACCAAGGAAAUUCGGGCAACUUUGGACCUGCCAAUGGUCAGUUUGCUCCUCAUCAUGCUAAUGGACCAGUUACUGGCGCUAACGCUCUUGCAGGAUCUUUCGCAUCAUCCGGAUCAGGAUUUGGAGCAGGUGGACACUAUCACGGUAGUCGACCCACUACCUCAACCUACGGUGCUCAACCAUGGCGCUACGGAGCUCCGCAUUAUGGUGCUUACGGUGCAGCAAGAUGGCCCUGGCACGGUAAUGGUUACGUCUAUCGAGUUCCUGUCGCACACAUCAAUCCGGACGGAAGUUACAGCUUUUCAUACUACACACCGCACUUUUCGCGCGAAGAAACUGGUCACAGCAAUGGAAAUGUCGAAGGAAGUUACGGUUUCCAGACCGAUGGUGCGAAACACAAUUUUUCCUUCGACGCUGCACCGGAUGUAGAUCUGCGGACAAGUAUCGGUGACUCCCGAGUGGGUGUUGCCAAUCCGGCUGAGUAUGGGCCCCAGUCAGUUCAUUCGCGAGCGCGAUUACCAUUAGUGCCACAAACGACCUUCCAGCCUGGUGUGGACGAAGAGACAAGGACAAGUGAUGGAGCUCCAAACAGUUGGGCCAGCCGAAGUGGUGUUGAUGCGGGUGCAAAUGAUCAAAGUUCGCUUGCCGUUGUUGGGUUACCGAGAGCAUCAACAGAAGCAACCGAUACGGCACAGCCUACUGCUACGGACCGCAAUCAAAUAGUGCGAGGAUCAACGGAAUCAGUUGGUGUCAGUGAUCUGGAAGCGCGAUUAUCUCAAGCGGAUGGUACGGUAACAGCCGUUCCUCCACUGGGCGGAUCAGUGGAACAGGUGGUGACACGUCCCGAGAAUGAAGUACCUUCCUACGGUAAUGAAAUCGGACAAAAUGAUUUGCUGUACAAUGGUGUAGCGAAUGGUGGUUACCAACCCUUCGGCGCAGGCACUUCAAAUGUCGCUCGGGAUGGUACUGUUUCGCCUGACAGAUCGUACCGGUUUGGCUACCAAACGCCAGACGCAGCCCGUGAAGAAACUGCCGAUCAGGCAGGUAACGUACGAGGAUCGUUUUCGUACAAUAACGAAGCGGGCCGCAAUGAUAUGCAGUACGUCGCUGGGGCUGGUAUGGGCUUCCGUCCAACAGGGGGAAGUUUAUCCGUACCGAAUGGUUUAGCUGGUGGUGGUGGUGCUACUGGAACUGGAUUGUUUGGAGGAUCUGGUUCUGGUUUUGGGGAUAGUGGAGGCGUUGGUAACCAAGGAGUCGGAGGAGCUUUUGGAGGAUCUGGUGUUGGGUUUGGAGAUAAUGGAGUUGUUGGUAACCAAGGAGUAGGUGGAGCUUUUGGAGGAUCUGACACCAGCUUAGGAGGUAGCGGAGUUGGAAACCGAGGCGGACAAGGAGUAGGAGGAACCUUUGGAGGAUCCGGCUCUGAUUUUGGAGAUAGCUCUGGAAUUGCGGGCAAUCAAGGAGGACAAGCAGUAGGGGGAGCCUUUGGUGGAUCUGGUACUGGUGUUGGAGGUGCCGGAGUUUUUGGAAACCAGGGAGGACAAAGAGUAGGAGGAAACUUUGGAGGAUCUGGUUUCGGAGCAGGAGGGCAAGCAGGUUCUGGAGUAGGAGGAAACUUUGGAGGAUCUACCGCUGGAUUUGGAGCUGAUGGCAGAUCUCGUGCUUUUGGAAACCAAGGAACACAAACCGGCCUUGGAGCAGGAACUCAAGGUGCAGCUUUUGGAAGUGAUGGUCGGCCUUUGGCAUUUGGAAAUCAAGGAUCACAACUGGCUGGUGGUGCUGCAGGUACUUUCGGAGGAUCCAACACAGGCUUUGGAGCUGAUGGACGUCCGUUAGCUUCUGGCAAUCAAGGAGCCCAAAGCGGUUCUGGCGCAAGAGGAACCUUUGGUGGUUUUGAUGGAAGAUUUGGUAGCCAAUCAGGACAAGGAUUCGGAUCCUUCGGAAAUCAGGGAACUACCCACAAUCCUAUUACUAGAAGCACAUCGGCGAAUGGUUUCAAUGGCGGUCAAUGGAAUGGUUCAACAAGUCGAUCUGUUUCAGUAUCAGAAGAUGACAACACCACCAUAAACGAUGAAGAUACUGAACAAACAACUACGUUCGGAGAUUAUGGAGAUGCAACUGGUGGAGGACUGUUUACUAACGCAAACCGUCGUUUAGCACAGUGAGGAAGGUACAAUGGUGUAGGUAUCGAAUGUUGCCGAAUAAAACAUAUU